AUGUCCCGCCCGGAUGAGCAGAACUACACGUCGAGGCUGCCGAGCGAGCUGAGCCUUCACGUGCUGCGGCGCCUCGGCCCGUGGGACCUCGUCGCCGCCUGCCGCGCGUGUGCCGCGUGGGAUCACAUCGCGAGGAGCGAGGGGAUGUGGCGGCACGCGUGCGACUACCGUUGGCCGGAGCGGUCUCGUGCGACGCCGCCGCUCCGUGCGGGCGACGGCGCGCCGCUCGAGAUGCCGCCCUGGCACCGCGCCGCGUGGCCGCACCGGCUGGCGGAGCUGAGCGAGCUGCCGCGGCACGUCAAGCUGCUGCGACGACCGCGCGCGGCCGCGCCGCAGCCAGCUGGAGACGAGGCCGAGGCCAGAUGCGACUCCGAAGGCGCCGAAGCGGAGAUUGCGUCACUGCUCGCAGGCGGCGCGAUGAACGUCGCGCCGCUGCACCUCUGCACGGCGGAGCUGGCGCCGCUGCACGCCGAGCUGGGCAAGGCUCUGUGCUGGUGA